AUCCCUUCUUCACAAGGCCAUGAAAUGAGCUUCAUAUAAAAUUGAGAAAAAAAAGAUAAAGAUAGUAAUUUUUAUCAUUGAUUUGGCAAAUGCAAUGAGCCUUGUUGAUAUGUCUUCCAAUAAUCUUCCCACCUCUCAAUCCAGAGAUCUUCACAAAUCUGCUCCAGCUCUCUCACUCUCUCUUGCUGGUAUAUUCCACGGCGGCGGCGGGGGCGGGGGCGAGGAGGAGGAGGGCGGGAUCGGCGGCGAGGCGGUGGAGAUAAGCAGCGAGAAUUCCGGCGCUGCUAAGUCGCGGUCAGACGACGACUACGACUUAGCAGCGGAGGGAUUGGAGGACGAGGACGAGGACGAAAACGACGGCGGGAAGAAGAGGAAGAGGAAGAAAUAUCACAGACACACACCACAGCAGAUUAGAGAAAUGGAAGCAUUAUUUAAGGAGUCUCCUCACCCAGAUGAGAAGCAAAGAAUGCAGCUAAGCAAGCAAUUAGGGCUUCAUCCUAGACAAGUGAAGUUCUGGUUUCAAAACCGUCGAACGCAAAUUAAGGCUAUACAGGAGCGUCACGAAAACUCUCUAUUAAAAUCCGAGAUAGACAAACUUUGCGACGAAAAUAAAUCAUUGAGAGAAACCAUCAAAAAUCAAUCUUGCUCCAACUGUGGAUUUGCUAGCCCUAACAAAGAUGGUACAACUCCCUCACCCACAGAAGGCCAGAAGCUCAGAAUAGAGAAUGCUAGGCUCAAAGCUGAGGUUGAAAAGCUUAAAUCAGCCAUGGCAAAACACCCCCAUGGAUCAUCGCCGAGAAGCUCCUACUCUCCGGGAAACGAUCAAGACGACAGGAGCUCGUUCGAGUUCCCAAAUGCAGGCAGUGGCCUUGAGAAAGAGCGCAUCAUGGAAGCUGCGAGCAGAGCUGCCGAGGAGCUGAGGAAGAUGGCUAGCCACGGCGAGCCACUGUGGGUUCGGAGCUAUGAGACGGGGAGGGAGAUGCUCAACUACGACGAGUACAGAAAGGAGUUUUGCGCUGAGGAUGAGAAUGACGGUAACAUGCAGGCAAGGAAGAAAUCAGUAGAGGCGUCGAGAGAGACUGCACUCGUCUUCGUUGAUCUUCCUUGGCUCGUUCAGACAUUCAUGGACGGGAAUCAGUGGAAGGAGUUGUUUCCUUGCUUGAUCUCAAAGGCUGCUACAGUGGAUGUCAUAUGCAACGGGGAAGGUGUCAAUCGAGACGGUGCUGCUCAGUUGAUGUUUGCCGAGAUCCAAAUGCUGACCCCGUUGGUUGCCACGAGAGAGGUGUAUUUCGUCCGAUACAGCAAGAAGAUAAGCGCGAAUCAGUGGGCGAUCGUGGAUGUCUCAGUUGACAGAGGCGAGGACAGCACCGAUGCCUCUCUGCACAAGUGCAGGAAGCGCCCCUCGGGUUGCAUCAUCGAGGACAAAUCCAACGGCCACUGUAAGGUGACUUGGGUGGAGCACGUUGAGUGCCAGAGGAGCACGGUCCACUCUCUGUACCGGACCAUGGUCAAGAGUGGGCUAGCGUUCGGGGCAAAGCGCUGGCUCUCCACGCUGCAGCAGCAGUGCGACCGCCUCGUCUUCCUCGUGGCUACGAAUGUUCCUCUAAAGGAUUCAAGUGGUGUUGCUACACUUGCUGGGAGGAAAAGCAUUCUCAAACUAGCACAGAGAAUGAGCAGAAGCUUCUGCAGAGCGCUAGGCGACUCGAGCCUCAACUCGUGGAACAAAAUCACUAGCAAAACCGGAGACGAGAUCAGGGUGGCUACAAGAAAGAACCACAGCGACCCCGGUGAGCCCCUUGGCACGAUCCUGUCUGCAGUUGCUAGCGUCUGGCUUCCCGUCCCUCACCACGCCCUCUUCGACUUCCUAAGAGACGAGAAUCGUAGAAACGAGUGGGACAUAAUGUCCAAAGGGAGCACAGUGCAAACCAUAGCAAACCUAGCCAAAGGGCAAGACCGUGGAAACGCGGUCACAACCAUGGCAAUGCAGAACGAGGAGCACAAGAUGUGGGUGCUCCAAGAUAGCAGCACGAACACAUACGAGUCGAUGAUCAUCUACGCCCCCGUGGACAUCAAAGGGAUGCAGUCAGUGAUGACAGGCUGCGAUUCGAGCAACAUGGCAGUCCUGCCCUCGGGCUUCUCGAUCCUUCCGGAUGGGGUCGAGUCGAGGCCAUCGGUGAUCACAUCUAAACCGGAGGAGGAGAAGAGCGCGGAAGGAGGGUCCUUGCUCACCAUGGCAUUCCAGAUUCUGAUCAGCAAUGCAUCAGCAACAAAACUGUCUCUGGAUUCAGUGGAAUCAGUCAACACCCUCAUAUCCUGCACAAUGGAGAACAUAAAGACCACUUUGCAAUGUGAAGAUUGAAGACAUUUUUCCAUUUAGUUAGUAUUAAGUGUUAACAUUCUUUUACAUUUGUUUUAAGAGUGAAGAAAUAGGUGAUGUGUUUUUGCAUAACUAGAAGAUAGACAGCAUCACUAUUUUUUUGUGUGUGACAUUGUACAUUUAUGCAGAUUAUGAUAGCUUCGAAACAUCAUUCCCUUUUCUUUUCCAA